CGUCACUAGACACUAGAUUAUAUAUUUCCAUGCCCAAAAUCAUCAAAGAAUAAUUAAAGAUCAUACACAAUAAUAAGUUAAUUAUUUUUGUUCUGAAAUUUGAAUUGAGUAUUAUAAAUAGGAUAGAGGAAGCUCAUGCAAAAUCAUGCAAAACUCCUCUUCAAAAACACCAUUUUCUUAAUUUUCUCCCUUUUUUCUCUUGAAAAAGUUUGUUAAUAAAAAAAAAAAAAAUUUUAAAAAAAAACCUAGAGAAUUACAUUUCUUGCCAAAAGAAACAAGAAUUUAAUAAUGUGGAAGCUAAAGAUAGCAGAAGGAAAGGAUCCAUGGCUAGUGAGCAUAAACGAUCACGUAGGUCGACAACAUUGGGAGUAUGAUCAUGAGGCUGGAACACCGGAGGAACAAGCUGAGGUUGAGAUGGUUAGGGAGGAAUUCAAGAGGAAUCGGUUCAAGAAUAGGCAAAGUUCUGAUCUCUUAAUGAGAAUGCAGUUGAGAAAAGAAAACACAAGUUUGCCAAUACCUCAAAGAAUCAAAUUGAAGGAAACAGAGGAGAUAACAGAGGAAGCAAUGGAUACAACACUCAAAAGAUCCAUCAAUUUCUUCUCCAGUUUACAGGCCCAUGAUGGUCACUGGCCCGCUGAAUCUGCCGGCCCAUUAUUCUUCCUCCCUCCACUUGUAAUAGCCCUGCACAUUACAGGAGCAACAAAUACAAUUUUAUCUUCUGAACACCAAAAGGAAAUCAAGCGUUACAUCUACAAUCACCAGAAUGAAGAUGGAGGAUGGGGACUUCACAUAGAAGGCAAUAGCACAAUGUUUGGUUCUGUAAUUAGCUACAUUGCCCUUAGGCUGCUCGGAGAAGGCCCCGAUGAUGGUGAGGAUAACGCGGUUGCAAGGGCUCGUCAAUGGAUCCUUGAUCAUGGUGGUGCCACUGCCAUCCCAUCUUGGGGAAAAUUUUGGCUCACGGUGCUUGGAGCGUACGAGUGGGAUGGGUGCAACCCAAUGCCACCAGAAUUUUGGCUACUCCCUGAGAUUUCACCUAUGCAUCCAGGGAAAUUGUUAUGCUACUGUAGGUUGGUGUAUAUGCCAAUGUCAUAUCUUUAUGGUAAGAGAUUUGUUGGUCCAAUAACUCCACUCAUUCUGUCACUAAGAAGGGAGCUUUACAAUGAACCUUACAAUGAAAUAAAUUGGAACAAGGCUAGAAACACUUGUGCUAAGGAGGACCUUUACUACCCUCAUCCCCUAGUACAAGACAUGGUAUGGGGAUUCCUUCACAACUUUGUCGAGCCAGUACUCAACCGUUGGCCCUUCUCGAAAUUGAGAGAGAAGUCGAUGAAGAUCGCUAUGGAACAUGUACACUAUGAGGACAUUAAUAGUAGAUACCUCUGCAUUGGUUGUGUGGAAAAGGUUCUUUGUAUGCUUUCUUGUUGGGUAGAAGAUUCAAAUUCUGAAGCAUACAAGAAACAUCUAGCGCGAAUUCCAGAUUACUUCUGGCUUGCAGAAGAUGGGAUGAAAAUGCAGAGUUUUGGUUCCCAAAUGUGGGAUGCAGCCUUUGCAAUCCAAGCAAUAUUUGCAAGUGGUCUUACACAAGAUUAUGCACCUACAUUAAAGAAAGCACACUAUUUUUUAAAAGCCUCCCAGGUCAAAGACAAUCCUUCUGGAAACUUCCAGGAGAUGUAUAGACAUAUUUCAAAAGGCGCAUGGACUUUUUCACUACAAGAUCAUGGUUGGCAAGUCUCUGAUUGCACUGCUGAAGGGUUUAAGGUUGCACUUCUAUUCUCAAGAUAUCCCCCCGAAGUUGUGGGUGAAAAAAUUGAAGCAGAACGCUUGUAUGAUGCUCUUAAUGUCAUUCUUUCCCUUCAAAGUGAAAAUGGUGGUUUUCCUGCUUGGGAGCCCAAGAGAGCUUUUCGUUGGCUUGAGAAUUUCAAUCCUACAGAGUUCUUUGAAGAUGUUCUUAUCGAAAGAGAGUAUGUUGAGUGCACUUCUUCAGCAAUCCAAGGUUUAACACUCUUCAAGAAGCUAUACCCUGGACAUAGAAAGAAAGAAAUAGAAAAGAGCAUUGCUAAAGGUAUACGCUACGUUGAAGAGACACAAAACCCUGAUGGUUCUUGGUAUGGUUGUUGGGGAAUCUGUUAUACAUAUGGAACGUGGUUUGGAGUUGAGGCAUUAGUAUGUUCUGGGAAGAACUACAACAAUAGCCUUGCAUUGCGCAAGGCUUGUCAUUUUUUGCUCUCAAAGCAAUUGCCUGAUGGUGGUUGGGGGGAGAAUUACCUCUCUAGUCCAAACAAGGUUUACACGAAUUUAGAAGGGAACAAGUCGAAUUUGGUGCAAACAUCGUGGGCAUUGUUGUCCCUUAUUAAAGCCGGAUUUGGUGAUAUAGAUCCAACUCCCAUAGAACGAGGAAUAAGAGUUUUAAUAAACUCACAGAUGGAUGAUGGAGACUUUCCACAACAGGAAAUCACUGGAGUAUUCAUGAAGACUUGCACCCUAAAUUAUUCUUCAUUUAGAAAUAUCUUCCCCAUAUGGGCUCUUGGAGAAUAUAGUCAUUUACAAGCAAGGAAAUCAAUUAGAUCAUAAGCUCAAAGCUCCCCGACUUAAUCGAUCUUCGAGAUGGAUAUUAAUGAAGCUACACGUAAUCAAUCAACUGAAGUCAGCCCUGCCACAUCAGCUCUGCCUCAUAACAGAAUUCCCUAGAUUUCAGGGAAUUAGUUACAGAUAUUUUGUUAAGUUAGUUACUGAUAUUUGUGGGAUUCUUACAGAAGUUUCUAGAUUAUGUAUUGAUAUAUAUUCAUAUUUUCUGCUGUAAUAUCAUUAUUCGAUCAUAAUCAGAUAAUUUUCCCCAAUAUUUUCUCUCGUUUUUCUCCUUAAUUUUUCUAGAAUUAUCAUGGUAUCAGAGCUGAAA